AUGAUAUGUGGGCGUUUUAGGUGAGAAGCCAGGUGAGGCAACGCUAUUUUCCGUUGCUUUCAGUUGCUUUGCUAGUUCAUAGUGCACUCAUUCACUAUAGUAAGGGCGGUUACCUGUGUUUUUUUUCCUCAGUGACAGCAAAAAAAUAUAUAACAGGUAAAUUACACCAAGGUUUGUGACCAUAGUAAGAGUUAACUAUGCCACUACUGAGUGAUAUUCUUAUCUUCUGCCGCUACUGUGCCAUCGUUCUUCUCGACUGGUUACUCCAUGUCGGCCUGGGGCGUCGCUUUACGCCGCUCACAGAGGCCAGCCUGCUCCGAGAUCUGUCUCUUAACGACCGACGUCUUCUGUUGUCCGACAGUCUCACUGGGCGCUGGUGGUACCAGGGGUUCACUCAAAUGUUGAAAUGUUACCGUGAAGAUGACACCUGCUCGGUGGCUGGGAGGCUUGGAAUAGAAAGGAGAUUGAAGGAGGUAAUAAAAAACAGACUUGCUAUAUCAAGACGACUUCCGACUGUGGAUUUGGCCAAGUGCCCUGUCAAGGAGCCUAUUUUCAUCAUUGGGCCAAUGCGGACGGGAACAACGUUUCUGCAGAACUUGCUGUACCAGGACCCGCGGAACACUACGCCACUCUUUUACGAGUUGAUGUGCCCCGUGGAGGAGAACACAGACGCUGUGAAGGCUGGGAAAGAUCCGCGUGUUCUCAUGCUCAGUUCCUUACUAGAUCCCGCAUACAGACGUAAGCGACUGCUUAAAAACCAUCACUACGUCCAGGCCAAGAGUCCUCACGAGUGUCUCCAUUUGUUCAACAAUAUGGGAAUAUUUAAGUUUUACCAAGGGGUAAGCAGUAACACUGGGCCAUAUAGAGACUGGGUGCGCGCUCGAACCAAGGAAGAGAUGGUGGAAGCCUAUCGUUUCCAUCGUUUACAACUUCAGCUCAUUCUUUUAGCGAGAAACUCAGCAAGCCAUGACCAACACGUCAUUCUAAAAGAUUCCAUGCAUGGCCUGUACCUGGACGCAAUCCUGGCGGUGUAUCCGGACGCAAUGUUCAUUCACACCUACCGCAAUCCAUGCAAAUCGCUCGCCUCUGUGUGCUCAAUACUCCAGCAACUCACAUCUUGUGCCUACGCCCUCAAAGAUAUAGUUGUCUGUGUUCAUAUUUUAGGAAGAGACGUCCUAGACAAUCCCCUGUUUCACGCGGGGAACGAAAUCCUAGAAUUCAGAAAGAACCACCCUGAUCAAGAACACAGAUUCGUCGAUAUUGACUACGAACAUCUAGUUAGAUCGCCCAUGGAUACGGUGCGACAGAUUUAUGAUAAGUUUGGGCUCGAUCUCAGCGAGCAAGCUGAAGCGAAGAUGAAGGAGUAUAUAAAAGAAAAUCCCCAAAAUAAAUAUGGCCGUCACCAUUACGACUUGGAGACGUACGGGUUGAAGGAGGAGGAAAUAUUUGAGAAAUUUCGAGAUUAUAUUGAAUAUUUUAACAUUCAGUGCUAACUUCAUAACAGAAUAAUAUAAACUACUGAUAUGUCUUAAUUAGAAACAUUGUACGCGAGGAAUUAGAUUUUGCAGCGUUUGGGCCCACUUUACAUUUCUUAUGGGUACUUCUUUCAAUAUACAUUAAUUGAAUCAGCAAAGAGACAAGUUUUAACCUCAAAAGUGCAGGGUGUCACCGUCAUUCAUGAUUUCGAAACUCCUGAAAAACUUUCACGGCUAUCAAACACAACUCGAGCCUCGCGCAUGCGGCCUGUAACGUGAUUUGGCAGAUUUUCUUCUUCAUAUUUCUUGACUUCAAAAUGUAACGCCACUGAUUUCAAAGCAUAUUCAAAAUAAGUACGUUGUACGAUGUGAAAUUGUCCCCACACCAAGGAGACAAGGUUCUGUUUUAAACAAUCCUAGAUCCGACCCUGUAUGUGGCAGUCGUAAGGUGUGUUAUCAGUGUAGGCACGUUAAGAUAUUUUAGAUUUCAAAAACCGAGCACCCCGCCCCCUUCGCCUCUGUCCCAGCCUGGUGUUUUCAAUCUGAACAAAUUCUCGUACUACUCCUUCCAGUAUAUUUUAACAACCCUCCACCUCCAUCCACCUAUACACACGGGUGAAUGCACAUUUAUGAAAGAACACUAUGCAGAUCUAUUACGUAAAUGUAUGAAAUACAAGUCGCAGUAUGGCCUGGUAGACACUAUUGAAAAACCGGUUCACUGAAAAAAAGUAGUCCAUACAACUAUGUAAGAAAACGGAGGCGAGAGUUUAUAAAUAUUAAAUAAGGCGUGUGAGGUAAGAAGCUUUCAGUUGCUUUGAUAGUUCACAGUUCACUCAGUCAUCGCGUUCCCACUUGUAAGGGCGGUUACCUGAGUUUUUACCUUCAGUAACAGCAAAAAUAUAUAAGAGGUAUAUAUGACCAUAGUGAGUGUAAACCAUGGCUCUACUGAGCGAUAUUCUAAUCUUCUGUCGCUACUGUGCCAUCGUUCUUCUCGACUGGUUACUCCAUGUCGUCCUGGGGCGUCGCUUUACGCCGCUCACAGAGGACAGCCUGCUCCGAGAUCUGUCUCUUAACGACCGGCGUCUGCUGUUGUCCGACAGUCUUACUGGGCGCUGGUGGUACCAGGGGUGCAUUCAACUGUUGAAAUGCUACCGUGAAGAUGACACCUGCUCGGUGGCUGGAAGGCUGGGAAUAGAAAGAAGAUUGAAGGAGGUAAUGAAGAACAGACUUGCUAUAUCAAGACGACUACCGACUGUGGAUUUGACCAAGGUGAGUGUUUAGAGCUACCACACCUACCACUAUACGAAGCUUUAAAAUUAACCCAGAACUUAGUCUGCACGAUGCUACAUAAAUGUUUUUUCAUGGCUCAUUGUUUUUAUGUAAACCAUGCACUUCAUUCUCGCGUUGCUUAUUGAAAUGCAAUAUUUUUCUGACACUUAAACAGUAAAAG